GCAGUUGAGAAAGUUGGUUAUAAAUGCCGAUAAUCCUGUCAAUCCUGUCGUACGUUUACUUGCGCUCCACUGCUGGCUCCACCGCUCUACUCCGUGCAAGUACUCUGACGUGCAGCGCAUGAUUCGGCUGCGGGCUGCCUCACGAGCUCUGUUCCUUUGAAAUUACGGAAGACGACAUGCCCGAUUACAGGGUCAUCGGGGUCAUGAGCGGAAGCUCGCUCGACGGCCUCGACAUCAUCUACGUGACAUUUCAGGUGAAUGGCGACACAUGGAAGUACAACAUCGAGCACACCAACUGCCAGCCGUACGGUAAAUACUGGGCUAACAAGCUCCAGCACGCAGCGCGCUCGAUGAGUGCCCUUGAGUACCAAUUGUUUCACACCGAAUACGGCCGCUACCUCGGGGAUUGCGUCAACAUUUUUAUCCGCGACAACCAGCUGCAGGGCAAAGUGGACUUGGUGGCCUGCCAUGGCCACACAGUGUUCCAUCAGCCAGCUCAGCUGACAACUGCACAAGUCGGGGAUGGCGCUGCUGUUGCUGCUGUAACCGGACUGCCCACUGUCAGCGACUUCAGAUCGGUGGACAUUGCUCUGGAAGGACAAGGCUCCCCAUUCUCGCUGGCUGCCGAGAGGAAGCUCUUUGGCAGCGAAUACCAGUACUUCCUGAACAUAGGAGGCAUGGCAUGCCUAACGUACGUAGGCAAAUGCAACGACGACAGCUUUGCUGUGGACGUUUGUCCUGCCAACCAGCUUUUGAACCUCCUCGCCGAGCACGAGGGUCAAACUUUCGACAAUGAAGGAAAGAUAGCAGCUGCGGGAACAGUUAACAGCCGACUACUGAAGGACCUCGAUGGUUUCACCUACUACAUGAAACCUCUGCCCAAAUCUCUCGGCGUAGACUUUGGCCCAGAAAUCCUGUACCCAUUGAUAUGUGCUCGUGAUUUGUCCACUCCAGAUGCCAUGCGGACUUUCAUGGCGCACAUCUGCAACCAGGUGGUUGCAACAGUGUGUGCUGUCAAGAAGAAAGUUUCUGCCGAUUAUCCGGGUCACUGCAAGAUGCUGGUCACCGGCGGUGGUGCCCGCAACAAAUUGCUUGUAGAUGAGUUGACCAAAAUGCUCAAAGGUCAAGAUAUUACUGUUACCGUGCCGACAGACGAGCUCGUCAAGUUUAAGGAGGCCCUCAUGACUGCUGUCCUUGGUGUGCUGAGGGUGAGGCACGAGGUCAGCUUCUUCAGCAAAGUAUCUGGAGCCAAGCACGAUUCAGUGGGUGGUGCGCUUUGGUGUGGGGCAGUCAAGCAAGCUUAGAAUGGUCAGCUUGAUUGCCACCGAAGACCUCUCACAAGUUGCCUUGUGUCAUUCCUCACUGAGAAGGCAGAAUUCGUUUUGGUACCACAACGUUAACCCGAGUACCAAUUAUGUAAACUUUUAUCUUGUGUAAGAUGAGCGAUACGAGGGGACGUCUUAUGACAUCCAGCAUUAAAAGUGCCUUAUGCAUUUAUGCCAGGCAUGUUUAUUACUGAUAAAAUUAUAUUUAACAGACCCCAAUAGUGCCUUGCAUAGCUGUGGUACAUGUCACAAGAAUAACUUAAGUACCUGCCUUGUGCCUACUCGUUUAAAGGUGCUGGUCAAAUUGAGCUAUGCAAUGUUAAAUAAUGUACAAUAUUUUUUUACAGUACCGACUACCGAUUGAUUUCUUUACAACAUUGUACUGUCGCAUUUGCUACAAAUUAUAUCACAGUAAAGUGUUUUUUGAACAGCA